AUGGAGAAUGAAGGGACUGUGGAUGGGAAAGUGAAGGUUGUUAUCAGCGUUGUUCUUGAUGAAGAUGGGGUACCUGGCAGUGGAUUAGUCUUUGACCUAGAGAGUAUUCGAUAUCUGCGUGAACUUGGGAUAGCAGGUGUGUUGUCGGGUACUCUACCGAGCGCUACUCAACAGAAUCUAUUUCUUACUGUACCACUUCGGCUCAUGAUUGAAGAAGUCUUGUGGCUUCUCAUUAACAAUCUUUGUGAAGUGAAAAUCAUCCCAGCCAAUUCUGGAGAUCAUAUGGCCAGCAUUAUCAAACAACGAAAGCUUGAGCUGGCUGAUAUGAAUAAGAAAAACAUGGAAAAGAUGUUUGCUUUACAAAGAGAUUAUAAGCGUGCACUGCAUAAACAAAAAUUGGAGAAGCUAGGAAUUAAAGAAAAAAAUACCGACGCAAACGAGGAACUCAUAAAUUCAUCUCUCUUUGUCGAGACACCCAACACAUCGUUGAUUACUCCAGAAGCGAUAAAAUCCCAUCAGAGAGACCAUAUUUUAGAUCUCCUAAAAAGUGCAUUCUCGAAAUACAACACAUACUUGUUAUACCAACAAUUAAGAAACCAAAAUUAUGUCCUGGCUCCUGGUGCAAGAUUCGGGGGUAAAUAUAUUGCAUAUCCUGGAGACCCGCUAAGAUACCACUCUCAUUUAACCAUUCAGGAUGCUAUAGACUACUACGAAGAGCCUAUAGAUCUCUUGCAACUGCUGAGCGGUGCAAGAUUAGGUACCACUGUUAAAAAGCUUUGGGUUUUUGGAGGCGUGAAGGAUAAAGAAAAGAAUAAGCCAGUUUCAUUUUACUCCGUAGAAUGGGCUGGGUUUGGUUGA